AUCUGACUUUCAAUUCAGGUUGGUGACUUGGGUCUGUCCAAAGUGAAGUGCCAGACUUUAAUAUCUGGUGGUGUUAGAGGAACUCUACCUUGGAUGGCCCCAGAACUGCUAAACGGGAGCAGUAGCCUUGUUUCAGAGAAGGUUGACGUGCUUUCAUUUGGUAUUGUCAUGUGGGAACUCCUCACGGGAGAAGAGCCAUAUGCUGAUUUGCACUAUGGGGCCAUCAUAGGUGGUAUUGUAAACAACACAUUACGACCUCCAGUUCCAGAAUCUUGUGAUCCAGAAUGGAGAUUGCUGAUGGAGAGGUGCUGGUCAUCAGAACCAUCAGAAAGACCUUCCUUCUCUGAGAUUGCUAAUGGAUUACGUUCCAUGGCAACCAAGAUCUCUCCCAAAGGACAAAAUCAACAGCAGCAACCUGCUGCACUGCAAAGUCAAGUUCAGAAAUGAGCUCCAACAACUGCAGGAUGAUUAAUCCCUGUUUUGAAUCUGGUUUGUCUUUUUCAUCCAUUCAAUGGAUCAACCCUUUUGUUCAAUAUUAUACCAUAGGAAAGAUUUGCAAUUGUUGGUAACGCAAGGUCAAUAGUUGUCGGGCCUUUUAGCACCGCUGCAUAUUCAUGUAUUACACCAAAACCAAAGUGAAUAUCAUGUCGUUUUAGUUAAACAGAAAAGGAAAAGAAAUGUUGUUCAUAUUUUUUUAAUUCUUUUUAGUGUUUGUAAAAAUGGAUAUUGUAAAGAGUCACUUACAGUAAUGUUGUUGUUAUGGUUACUGUUAUUUCCAUGUUUUCAAGUGAUUAUCGGUCCUUUCUGGUGGUGUGUUACUGUAUGUAUUGACCUAUGACAUUUCCUUUUUCUUCAACACAUGCCACUAACUGGUUUGGUUUGACAUGUGGCUGCCCCCAACAACUGAAUUUCUUUGCUACUCUAUGAAUAUACGUGGGAGCCACCAACAGCUGAGCAUGACACAGAGUACCGUUGGGGUAGGCUUUAGCCUUCCCUAGUUCCCGUUAGGUGUGGGGCACAUGAAAUUAAAUUCAUAUAUUAUACUAUCAUUUUCACAUUUCUUUUCUUUUUCUAGUAUUUAAUUGUAUUAUUAUUGUCUUGAGUGAUGGACAUGCCAAUUGCCAAACAUUGCCAAACUCCAGAUCGGACGCUUCCAGAUCAAACAAUUCUUUUUCCUUUUUCAAUUAAUAUUUUUUUGGUUGGAGAUGUUCAAUACAGCUGUAGCUUAAUUUUCUUUGACAUUUCCUCCUCUGCAUCUCUUUCUCUCUCUCACUGUUUCUUAUAAUCAUCACCAAUAAAUGCUAUCCACAUAAUUAAAAUCCCCUCAGCUUCAACCCUUACAACCUGUCAAUUCUCUGAAAACAUGGCUGCUUCUGAGGGAAGGCCAUUGGUGGAGGCAGUGGAGCACAAGGAAGAUUUCUAUGAGCACCAAGAGCCAAGUGGAUGUGGGUAUGGAUGCUUUCGGGGUUUCGGGUGGAGUUGGUGUAGUCGUAGAGGCAGUGAAGAAGGUAAAGGCCUGGUGGAGCAGAAGGGUGAUUCGAGGCUGAGUUAUAAAUUGAGGAAGAUAAAGGAGUUUUCAGAAGUAAUUGCAGGUCCCAAGUGGAAAACAUUCAUCAGAAAGAUAAGCGGGUAUGGAAGGAAGCAGCAGCAGCAGAAGAACAGGUUUCAGUAUGAUGAACACAGCUAUGCUCUCAACUUCAAUAGUGGGGCUCAGAGCGAAGAUGAUGACAUGCCCCCCAGUUUCUCUGCUAGAUUCAGUGCUCCUUUUCCCUCCACUCGUCGCCAAACUGAACAAUGAUUUGUGCGUGCUUGCUUCUGAAGAGAUUUCAUUGCUUAAAUGUGUUCACUUAGUAUUUUUCAUCUGUAGAAUCAUUAGUUAUUCGUUCUGUAAAGAUCAUUCUUUUUAUUCAAACUAUUGUGCUUUUAGUCU